UCCGAAAAAUCUGUUAUUUGUUUUCUAAGACAAAUUGAACCAAUAAAAGGAAUCGAUUGAUUUGCAUAAUUUAAGGAAGUUAGAUCCGUGAUUUAUUAUACGUUAGGAAAGUUCUGGUUGUAAUAAAGAAUGGAGAGAAAAAUAAACCGAUGAACCAGGGUGGGAGGGGGUGGUGGGAGGAGAGACGAAAAAACCAGUGAAAAUAAACCGCGAACCAGGGUGGGAGGGGUGGUGGAAGGAGAGACGAAAAAACCCAGCGAAAAUAAACCGCGGAGACGAUCCCUGCAUCCUUCCACUCCAAGAUUCUUCUGCUACCUCUGCUCUCCUCCUUCCCUUGUCCUCUUCAUCUUCUCCGGGGACAACCAGAUCGGAAACAAUGGCGGCCUCCUCCUCUUCCUCGCAGCCCGACGAGGUGCUCCCGCUGAUCCCUUGUUCACGUUGUGGCGAUAAGGUGGUCACCUUGGUCUCCCGAGCUGGAGAACCCUUCCACAAGUGCGUCAGAAAAAAUCUGCGCACCCAUCCGGUGUCCUUCAGCAUAGAUCCAACCGCCAGCGCCAGUUCGUGGACGGCAGCCAGGUGGAUAUCCAGGCAGCUCAUGCGCGCCUCCAGCCGCACACACAGCAAGCGAGCCCGGCCAGCAUCCAGGGGGAAUCCAAGCAGCUCAUGCACGCCUGCAGCCGCACAUGCAGCAGGCGAGCCCUCCCAGCGCCGCACCGCAUUGCUGCUCCGCUGACAGCAACGGCACAGCGCUGCUGUUGGCCGGAACCAACUUAAUCCUUGUACUAGGCAUGCUUUUCUUCGUGCAGCGCAGCAUCUAGUUCCGUGUGCGGUAUGGUUUGUAAUAGGGGAUAGCCCCCCUAGUGUGGUGUACUAGUUAAUUUUCGUAAUUGCAGCUUGUAAUCAGGAAUGGUCUGUAACCGUGGCAAUCAGUGUGCCAACGUACUAGUGUACUCUUUUGUCAGCCCAUUAUGCGGGCGAUCAUGUUUUAUCUAUGAA